UGACUACAUAAAAAUAUUCAUGCGUAAAAAAACGCACAUUUGUCUAAAGGGAUGGAGGCAACCAACUCUGACGAAGUUCACUUCAGUACAGCGCCUCCGAAACGAAGAAUUCAGUUGCCGGACGUUCACGACUAUGGAUCAACUACCGAAGGCUUAGGUGAACGGUUGCAACGGAGCUUUUAUUCGCCUAGAACACAUACUGUGAACAAGCUACUACGGCUUGUUGACACAGUAGGGACUGUCCAGAUGCGAGCACCUCCACAGAGUGGGAAAACUUCUCUGCUUCAGCUCGCGGACGCGGCGGCAAGACGUUCCCCGCGUUGGAAACACGUCUACUUCAUCAGCUUGGCUUCAAUCCAUUUAAACUUCGACGAGCAGUUCGUGGCCAAGUACUCAAAGGGGGCCUUCAACGAUCUUUUCGAGCCUGGCGGCCCGAAAAGGCUGCUCAUCGUCGACGAAGCCGACGGCUCUUAUGCCGACGAAAUGCCGCUUUGGAACGUUAUAAGGUCGAUGCAAGAGGAAUAUCGCAAUAAGGAACGAGAUACAACAUGGAUUCCCAACCUCAAAAUUAUCAUCUCGUCGGGAUUCGGAGCAGAGACAGUUUUCAUGGCAAAGUCGGCUCCUGGAAAAUGGAAUGACGAGAACCGAGUACUUUUAAGACCUGCAGGUUCCCAUGGAGUCGCUAUACAGCUCAGUGAUUUGGAAGCCAUAGAAGUUUGGACAGGCUGGCUUGCACAUAAUGGCCUCCCGCAGUUGAGUGACGGACUCCGGGAUUAUGUUUUUCGAAUGACAGACAAGCAACCGGGAGUCCUUGCACAUGUCCUCGAGUUGCUCGAGUCCAGGGGUGCUGGAACGAGGCAUCCAUAUGCAGUGGAAGACCAGUUGUGGUCCAAGUUCUCCAAGCCUGAGUUUCUAUCUGGCUUGUCUGAGCUGCGGAGCAUAUGCAUAUUCCACCACCUCGUUCACGAAGCUCCUUAUCACGCUGUUGCUAUGAAGCUCCUCAAGUUUGACAAGGUUCCCGAUUCUAUUGUCCGGAACGAGGAACGGGGGCCAAUGUACAAUAUGGUCCUCAGGGGACAAGCGAUAAAAAGCGACGACGGAUACUACAGUAUGAUAUCCCUAGCACACGAUUACUUCUACAGGAAGCACCUAUACAAGCGUGGCUGGUCGGCGAGACGGAUCGACCACAUGGGAAUCAAAAAAUUUAUGCGGAGGCUGUUGAAGCAAAUCAAUCCGGCGGUGCUUCGAAACUGCUCUGGAGAUGCAUUGGAAAAGAUACAAGUGGGGAUACACCGUGCAUUGUGCGCGGUAUUGAAACAGCCCCUUUGGCCAAACAUUGAUCUCGGUCCUCGGCUUGAAGGGCGUGGCUUGCACGAGUUCUACGUUCAAGACAUAGGCUGGCUGAUCGAACUGGAGACCGAGGUGUUGCGGAAGAGGGAUCUGAAUGCUAAAGUUAUGGAGGGCGAGAGGUACCACAGCAUGCGCAAGAAAAAACAGCUCAAAGCCUACGUCUUUAUCGACGUGACCAAGGAGAUGGUGGUGACAGUCUACCGCGACUUUGCAAAAGAGUUUGGAAAGAGGUUUGGAGCAAAGUUUGUGGCCGUGCUGUUCUCGGACGAUUUCGAGUCUGCCACUCUGUUUCCGGACGAAAUCACGGUUCCGUUCUGCGGGCACAAGACGGACGCCAAGGCCGACACGAGGCAGCGAAGGAAAAUCGAGAAAAAGGACAAGUGCUGCCAUCAAUAAGAUAAGAGAAAGUUUGAUUGUGCGAUGAAUGAAGAAGGGACAGAAGAGAAAACAAUAUCUAUCAGUGGUUUUUCUGCAACAAUGGAUGCUAAGCAUAACGCCAACUUGAUCUCUGCAGCUGCCAGCACAUGAACUUUCGAGCGUUUCUAUCUUGUUCUUUGUUGGCGAGUGUACAGCAACACAAACAUUAGCUCUGAUUCGAUUUCUUUAUUGAUAA